AUGCUAAUAAAUCUUCCACCCGAGAUUUUAGGUAAAAUUUUUCUUUUAACAUCAUUACAAACCCGUACCAAAAUAAUUUCUAGAGUUUGUAAAUUUUUAAAUUAUUUUAUAUUUAAUCAUGACAUUUUAUGGUCAAGACUAAAUUUAAAUUUAGUUAAAAAUAUUUCAGAUUAUAUAAUUUCAUCAAUAUUUUAUGAUAAUUUACCUUUUGAUACUAGAAUUUAUAUUAGAGAAUUAUAUUUAAAUGAAGUUCCUAUUACACUUGAAAGUGUUUGUAUCGUCUUGGAAACCUGUGAAAAUUUAAAAAUUAUACAUUUAAGAACGGCGGAAGAAGUUUUGGAAAUGAGUUCGGUUAAACAAUUAUUGGAAGAUUUAUUUUUUAUUGAAGAUGAAGGUGAAGAAAAAAAAUCGGAACAAAUAGAACAAAAUGAUGAUGAAAAUAAUGAACAACAACAACAAUCUGAAAUUUUAGAGAUUACAGCUACCAAUAUCGCCAAUAUCAACAAUAUUGACAAUAUUGAUAAUAUCAACAACAUUGACAAUAUUGACAUUGACAAUAUCAACGAAGAAAAUGGGAAUACCAAUAAUGAUGAAAUCAAUAAUACGGAUAAUGAUGAUAAAGUUACUAAAAUUGUACCUCGUGUUCAUCGAGCUAAUCUUAUAUGUAAACUUCAAACAAUAUAUUGGUACCUCGAUCAUGAUAAAUGGACUUGGUGGACUCGAAAUGAUAAAAUAAAUUUAGAAAAUACUUUAAGAAGAAUAACGAAAAAUCCUCGAGCCUCAGUACAAGUUCCUUGGUGUGAUUUUUGUAAUAAACAACCUGCUUCAUUUCAAAUUCGCUGGGGAGAUGGCGAUGAUGUCAAUAACAAUAAUAAUAUUGCGAAUAUUAAUGGGAAUGAAAAUGUAGCAGUAGCAGCAGCAUUUAAUAUUGUGCCAACAUUAUUAGCACCACCACCAUCACUACAACAAAGAAUGAGUAGAGUUUACAAUGGAAAUAUUAGGGAGGAUGGAAAUAGGGAUGGAGUAGUAGUAGGGGUAAUACAAACACCACCGGAUGGCGUACAAGAUGGAGGGAUUGUAGCAGCAGUAGCAGAAGAAGCAACAACAAUCAACGAAAACGAAAAUGAUGAUGAUGAAAAUAUAAUAGUACAAACGGAUGAAGAUGGAUAUGUAGUUAUUAUGGAAUUGCGUAAUCAAUUAAUUGAUAAAGAAAAAAAUGAUUCUAUUAUAAUUAUUGAAGAUGGAUUGAAAAACAACAAUCCAAAUAAUCUAAAUAAUCCAAAUAGUUUAAGAAAUUCAGAUAAUUUAAACAAUUCAAAUAAUUCAAUAAAUGAUUCAAAUAAUCCAAAAUUAUGGAAUUUUAAAAAAAAGUUUUGGAUUUUGUUUAUUAUUUCUUUAUUAAACAUGAUUGCACCUUUCUGUAAUGCUAUUAUUUAUCCAGCCUUAUCAGAUAUACGUUCCGAUUUUAAUACUUCGGAAAUAAUUGUAAGCUCAACUGGAAUUUCGCCACUUUUUUGGGCAUCUUAUUCGGAUUUACGUAAAACAAGACGAAAAGUUUAUCUUGCUUCCAUUAUAUUGUUUGUAAUUUCAAGUAUAAUUGGUGCCGUUUCUACAAAUAUUUGGUUAUUAAGUGCUAUGCGAGCAUUACAAGCUAGUAGUUCUUCGCCUGGUCAAGUUAUUGGUGCUGGUGUUAUUAAAAGAGGAAGAAAAUAUGGAUUAUUUUACGUGGGAUUUUUUACUGGAAAUUUAGUUGGACCUAUUAUAGGUGGUUAUUUUGCUCUAAUUAGUUGGAGAUGGGUAUUUUGGUUUCUGGCAAUAUUUGAAACCGUUAGUAGUGAAAAGAGAAAAGUAAACGUAUGUCCUGAAAUGAGAAUAAAAAGCGUAUGGAUAUCAGCAAUUUUAGUUCCUUUGAGUUUUAUUACUUAUGGAUGGUUAAUUGAGAGAAAAGUUUAUAUGGUUUUUCCUAUAAUUUUUAUUUUUCUUGCAUUAUUGGGUAUUUCAUCAACUGAAACAUAUUUAGUGGAUGCUUAUCCUACUAAAAGUGCCUCGGCAGUAUCUGUUAAUAAAUUCAUUUGUUUUAUUACUUCUGGUAUCAUUUCUAAUUUCGCAGUUUCGAUACAAGAUGCUCUAGUGAACAUGAAUGAUGUUAUAGAUAUUUCAGAUAUACCCAUAUAUAUUGUGGGAAACGAUGAUAUUCAACUUCUAACUUUAAUUGUAGUCAAUUUAUAUGAGAAAGGUGCUAGAAAUAUUAGCGUCUUAAUUAGUAAUACACAUGAGAAAAACAUUAAUAAAGAAUCUAUAAAUGCAAAUAUAAUACCGGGUACUUGGAAGGAUAUUAAAGAUUUUGAAGCCGUUUUAUCUGCAUUAUUUGCGGCUUGUUUGGUGAAUAAAGUAGUCAUAUUCAUAACGUGGGAUUCUGGAAUGGAAUUAGAUCAUUUGAAUUUCAACUCUCACGAAUAUUACAAUUCGUCAUCAAUACAUAAUAAUUGGAAAUCACCUAAUGAAAUGAAAUGGAUAUUAUUUCAAGUUGGAUUAUUUGCAGAAAAUAUUCUUAAUAAUGACAUCUCAACUAUUACCACCGCAUUUAAUAGUCCUAGUCAAUAUAUAUUCGUUAAUGUAUCAGUUAAAUCUGAUUUUGCUAAAAUUAUCGCUGAAACUAUUAUUAACAAAAAAGUUUUGCCUGAUCGAAAUUAUGUUGUAGGUGAAUUCGUCUCUCAUACUUUUUUGGGCCACGUUUAUAAAGUUUUUAAUGACGGUCUCGAAUUCGAUGAUAUGAUGAAUUACAAAAUUACAGAUUACGAAACCACCAAUCAACUACGUAUAAAUGGAAUAAUUUCACCUCAACCUAUGCCUCGUAUAUUAUAUCCAAGUUGUGAUUCAUAUAUGCAAAAAUUAUGUAUUGAAAUAUCAUUUCAAUUUGAAGCCGUGAUUUAUAAAAUAUUGGAAAAUUCUCAUCGACAAGAAACUUUAAAAGAUUGGGAAACCUGUAAUAAAGAAGUUACAGAAAUUCAUUUUUCAAGUCAUAUCAAAAAUGCUGGAUAUAAGAACCUUGGAUCUUAA